AUGGCCGCGGCGGCGACCACCCGUGGGACAUCGUGGUCCCGAGUCGUACUCCCGAGAUGCACGAGACCCGGCGGGCGCGGUAGGACCCCCGCGGUGCGUGCCCCGAGGCGAUCCCCGGCGCCGGAUGGCCCGGUGAAAACUCGGGGUCGGCGCCAUUCGCCCCGGGCCAUCUCGGCGUUCGACCCGUCCCCGGACGCGGUGCUCGCGGUGCUCGCCACCUGCGCGGCGGGCGCCAAGCUCGCCGAGGAGAAGACCAAGUUCGGCGCGAAAGUCUCCGCCCCGCUCCUCGCCAUGGCCUCCGCCAUGCUGCUCGCGACGUUGGGCCUCAUCCCGGCUGCGUCCCCGGCCCUGGACCUCGUCUGGCGCGCGCUCAUGCCCCUCGCCGUCGCCCUUUCCCUCCUCGGGGUCGACCUGCGGGACGCCGCGCGGACGUCGGGUCCCGCGCUCGCGGCGUUCGCGGUGGGCGCCGUCGGAUCGGUCCUCGGCACCGCCGUCGCCUACGCGACGGUGGGCCCCGCGCUCGGACCGGACGCGUGGAGGGUGGCGGCGUGCCUCUGCGCGAGUUACGUCGGCGGCAGCCUCAACUACGCAGCGACCGCGCAAGCGCUGGGUCUGGCCGCCGCCCCGGGCGGGCAGGCGGCGCUCGCGGCGGGGAUGGCGGCGGAUAACCUCGCGAUGGCGGUGUUCCUCUCCGCGCUGAUGGUGGCCGAGGCGGAUCCCCCGACGGAGGAGGAAAAGGCGUUUGCGUCGCGUGCAAUGGAAGAAGACGGCGGCGACGGGAUCGUCGGCGAGAUCGGGGGGAACGAACGCGUUUGCGUCGCGAACGGGGGGACGGUUCCCACGGCGAUUCCCACGGCGAGGACCGCCGCGUGCGCCCUCGCGACGGCGCUCGUGUUCCUCGAGUGCGGUAAGCUCCUCGCGCGAAGUCUCGGACUCCCGGCGGGAACCUCGCUCGGGGUGUCCUCCGCUCUCGUCCCCGUCGCGGCGGCGGCGGCGGCGACGGCGACGCGCGGCGCGCUCGACGCGUCGCGCGCGUUCGCCGGGAGCGACGCGGUCGGUGGCGCGCUGAUGUUGGUGUUCUUCGCCGCCCUUGGGGCGUCAGCGGACCCGCGCGUGGCGAUUAAAGCCGGGGGUCCCGCGUGCGUUUUCAUCGCCGUCCAACUCGCCACGCACCUCGCAUUCGUCGCCGCCGUCGGCGUCGGGGCGAUGCGGCUGCCGGCUUGGGCGGUGCUGACGGCGUCGAACGCGUGCGUGGGCGGGCCGGCGACGGCGGCGGCGAUGGCGAGCGCACGGGGAUGGACCGCGGCGGUGCAGCCGGCCAUCGUGGCGGGGACGAUUGGGUACGCCGUGGGGACGCCGAUUGGUUGCCUCGUCGGACAGGCUCUCAGGGCGUGGUUCUAAUAG